AUGUCAUUCCGUCUGGUGGAUGAGACGUCUUCAGAUCUUCCGGUGAAGGACACUGACUGCAAGCCAACUGUCAUUAAAGCAAUACAAGAGAAAGAGCUGAAGAUUAGACGUAGAGUAUCACUGAUUAGUCGUGAAGAGUUAGAAGACAAUUUUCUACAGCUUCAUGAGGAGAACCUUUUGCUUAAGGAACAUGCUAGAAAGCAAGAAGACAAGAUUAAAAGAAUGGGCACCAAAUUACUCCGGUUGACUUCAGAACUCGGACAGACAGGGGAAAAAAAGACUGGUGAGACAAGGCGUGAUGGACGAGAUUUGGAGAUUGAGGAGACUAUUGAGGAUCUUCAGGAUCGUGUGAGAGAUCUAGAACGUCGAAAUGAAGCUCUCAGGCAUCGACUGACUACAUACAAGCAGCGACUCCAGGUGCAGGAUGGGUGCAGACACUGCCCAUACAGCACAGUGAUAGCAAGAACAGACUCAGGGAUCCGGAGAAAUGUAACCCUGCCAGACAAAACCCGAAGAGGUCUUCGUUUACAAGGUCCAGAGAUUAAAUCUGUACGUACAGCUACUGAAGUGUAUGGAGAGCCGCUAAGUCAUGAGGCCAGAGCUGAGAUUGACAGACUGGUACAUGUCAUUGAAAGUCAGAACUGCAAAGUGGAUGAUCUGGAGAGAUCGACUAUUUUGUUAAAAAAUAUGGUAGCUAUGAAGUCAAAGGACAUAGGGCAAGAUAUGGUUCUGUCUCUUCAUCAUCUACAGAAGACAGAGGAUCAAAGGAAUGUCAUCCAAGAUAAUGUAAUGCAGAUUCGUAUGCAGAAGGAGCUGAGAGAGAAGAGCACACAGCUUUGUGCCUUAAGGGAACAGUUUCAGCAGCUCAAAGAGUCUUAUGAAACAGAACUGCAGGAGAAACAUAAGUCAUUAACUUUAAGCCAUGGAGCUGUACUUAAUCAGCUGGAGGAUCUCAGUGCACAGCUCAAGGAAGAGAGGGCCAAAGUGGUUGCAAUGGAAACCCAGCAGCAGAGUGCACUAAGCCUGCAGAGGUCAUUGCUUGAGUCCAAGGAGAGAGUCGGUGACUUAGAGAAGGAAAAAGAACUUCUCAAAGAGAAUUAUGAUAAUCUUUUGAAGAGUUCUUUGGAUUCUGAUCAUCUCAACUCUUUUAAAGCGACAGAAAAGGAAAUGCUUGAAAAAAAUUCACAGCUAGAGAGCCAGCUCAGUUCCCAUCUGUCCAAAAUGAUGCAGAACACCGAGCAGCUACAGUAUGAAAGAGAACAAAAUGAAUAUUUAAAGAAAGAAGUUUCCAGGCUGCAAACUCAUCUCCUAGAGAAAAUUGAAGAAGUUCAUGAACUUCAAACCAAAGUGUCAGCCAUUUUGUUUUCAAAAACAGUCAAAGUCCAAGGAGAAGAGGAAAUGACAAUACAACAAACUCAGGAUGCAAACUGUGAAAUGUGUCAGGAACUAAGAAAACUGAAUAAGAAUGAAGAGAAAAACAAGAGAAGAGAAAAUGAGAAGAGAACACAGUAUUUAUAUGAGGAGGGGGGUAGACAGAGAGAAAAUUCUGAUAAAAUGAGGGAGGAAGAGGAGCAGAUGAGCAAAGAAGAUGAGAAGCAGAGGCAGAGAAAGAUUCAUGACAUAGAGGCAGCCCAUGCUGAGACCAUCCAUGAGCUGGAGAAGACCCGGGAGAUGUUAAACCUACAGCAUAAAAUCAACAAGGAUUACCAGGAUGAACUACAGACUUUAUCAGGGAGAGCAGAGAGUGAGCGCAGAGAGAGAGAGGAGAGUGAGAAACACUAUGAAGCCAGACUGCUCCAGCGCAAUUCAAGGAUUCAGAUAUUGGAAGCUCAGCUCAAGGACAUUGCAUAUGGUACCUAUCUACCCAAAGGUAUGGCGGAAGAAGACCCUUUGGAUAUGGAAAUUUCACCCACACCAACACUUCACCGGGGAGAAACUCUGUUUGAAAUUAACAUUGGAGGUUUAUGCUUUACUCCCUAUGGUUUGAGAGUUACAGAGGAUCCACAGCCAACUACUUUCUGUAUCUACUCUUUGUAUGACUUUGAAAUGCAUGCUACUCCUGUGGUAACUGGAGAACGACCUCAGUACAACUUCACCUCGCAGUAUGCGGUAACCCCAGAUCCAGAUUUUUUACGCUACCUGAGAGUUGGUUGCCUAACAGUAGAGCUAUAUCAGGCUGUAGGAGGCAAACAUCAAGAACUGGCAAGGGGACGUCUGAAACUCGAAGCAGCACUGCAAACUACAAACAAAGUGCAUGGAACAUUUAUUCUUACAGAUACUCAUGGACAAGACAUAGGGGAAAUUGAUUACUGGCUACGCUUGCAUGGACCCUUUUCUCAGUCAAAGCAGAUGCAGAGAACCAAGGCACGCAGCUACUUAUCAACUCAUAGACCACGCCAUGCAAAAUUUUCUGCUUCCCCUUUCUUGGAUGAACCUCAGAAUGAACUUAUAAUCCGGGUCUGGGGUUGUAGAGGUCUGAGGGUGGAACAGUUAGGCUAUCAACCCAGCCCAUAUGCUAUGUAUUGCUUUUAUCACCAUCCUGACCAUGCCACCAACAUUAUACCUUGUAGCAACAACCCCCAAUUUGGUGAUGAGUUCUCUUACUGUUUGAAAUUGUCCACUGACCUUGAACGAUACCUUCAAGGAGAACAAUUGUACAUUUAUGUGUUUGAUGAUGAAAAUACGCAACCUGGAUCAUACAUUGGAAGGGCAAAGGUGCCACUGCAGAGACUGGCAGAGGGAAAAAACAUUCAAGGAGAUUUUGCAUUACUGGAUCCAUAUAGUAAAUGUUCAGGGUCAAUGCAGGUCAGUUUAGAAUGGAAAUAUCCAUAUCAAGCAAAAUGUCAAAGCUUGUGGGACUCCAAUACUCUAGGACAUUCCAUUCCUGAGAAACUUCAUGAUAUUUCAUUACCUCAGCCCCAUUCUCAGGCCCAUUUGUUGCCAAGGGAUGCUCCACAUAUUAAUUCCAGUGCAUUAAAACGGUCUAAAUCUUGCAAAACUGAUGAGGAUUCAAGAGUACAUGUGAGCUCCAGUAAGAGGGGAAGAAGAGACACUCACUCAAAAACUUCUCAAAGAACAGUGAGUGAGCCCUCAAGACAUAAACAUCUCACAGAUGAACAACCUAGGGAGGAGUCAGAUAUGGACAUGAAGGAAAUCACUGAACGUGAAAAACUGCAUCUAUAUUCACAGAAAAGGAAUCAGGAAAUGGAUACAGUUGAGAACGAAUCCACUGAUGUCAGUGAAUCACAGAACUCGGACAGCGAUGAUAUCAUUAUAGUAGCAAAAUCAAGAGUCCCACACAAACUGCCAUCUUCCCAAAUACGUGUGGAGGUAGCUUCUUUGAGUCUUGACCCAUGUUCAGAUGUUGUGGCUAAUAGUGAAAUUCAAAGGGUUUUUGUGGAAUUCCGAUUUCUUGGAGUCCCUCUUGAAGAAACAGAGACCCCCAUCUCACUCAGAAAACCAAGACGUGGAGAGGAGAUAUACUACCACUUCAGCAAAGUAAUACACUUAGAUGGGGAAGAAAAUGAAGAACGCAGAAAAUUCCUCUACACACUUCUAGAAGGGUCAAAUGAUUCUGGAGAGAGGGUCAGGUUAAAGUUUACAAUUGUGAGUGACCCUAUUAAUGAAGAGGAUGAAUGUCAGGAUAUGGGAUACGCAUAUUUGGACCUAGGAGCUCUGCUGCGAAGAGCAGGAGAUCCUGCUGAGGAAACUCUGCAUAGUGAGUAUUCAUAG